AUGAUGUUAGUGGUAGAUGCAUCAAUGAGCGCCAUUGGUGUAGUUGCUGCUGAUGCCCCACCAACAGUAUCGUCCGGUUCAAUUUUCACAGGCUCUGAUUUAUCACCAAGUCAGGAAAUACCUCUUACUACUCGAUGUCCGAAAAGAACAUGUCAAGUAUAUUGGCUUCCGCCAGAUCUUUACUUUUGGUAUCAAAGGCCAUCUUCUUCUUGUCCACUUAUGGAUUUUGUCAAUGAUCUAAAAAAGUCUGGACUUUAUGUUGUUGGACAUGUGCGGAAAGGCGAAUUGGAUUCAAGUCAGGCUGUCGACCCACUGCAACAGGAGUCGCAACUUCUGAAGGAUUUACGUUACUCGAAAAUUGAUCGAGCUGCAGUAGUGGAGUACUUCACUGCAGGGGAUUUCAUGCCCAAGGAACUCAACGGUAAUAUGGAACGAUUAUCACCGUCAGAAUAUGUUAACGUUUUGAAAGAUGUACUGCACAUGACUAAAAGUUUAUGUGUUGCAAGACACUUCCAUAAAAUGGAUAAGGAAUCUCUCUCCCAAACUUGGAAUCAAAAGCGCUAUAUCGAUGUGUGGCCUGUCGAUCUGCAAAGGCCCGUUGAAACGGGACUUGGUUGGGACAACAGUUCCUUGUUUCUGCUACAGCUGGCUUGUAUCCUUUCAAUGUCGUCGAGGUGGCGAUCAUAUGCACGUCUUCGAGUGUUCAUUUGCGUUAACAGUUUACAGGAUAUGCAUCGUCGAGAUCGACAACUGAAACAAAUGCUUGAUACCUUACGUAUUAAAGCGGAGUCAAUUGUUGUGCCGUGGGAUCAUGUAGUUUGUCAUUUCCCACAACAAAGCGGAGCUGCAGUAACUACCCAACGACCCGCGGUUGAUCUCCCAGCGCCUUACCUCUCUGCAUUCAACGACAUGAUCAAGCGAUAUAGUGAAGAAGCAGCCAUAACGCUUCUGAAUCUUCCGUUACCUCCAGAAGAUGCCAAUUUGGAUGCUGAUAGGUAUCUGGAGCAAAUCCGCCGUUUAACCGAUGCACUUCCACCGACACUGAUGGUUCAUGGGGUAUCAUCAGUCAUUUCAACGGCACUCUAA